AACACAGGGAGGUUGUUCUUAUUGAUGGUGGUGCACACCUUGAAGGUUAUCUCUCAAGGUUUGCAAUGGCUGAGAGAAGAAUUCCAUGUUUCUUCAAGGUUUUCCUUCCCAAUUUCAGUGCCAAACACUUGGACAUUCCUCCGAAGUUCACUCAAAACAUAAGAGGUGAAUUGCCUCAACAAUUACAAUUGAUCGGUCCGAGCUCUAACAAGUGGAAUGCCGAGUUGAGAAUGAGAGGUGAUAAAAUGUCAAUUGUGAGAGGUUGGGAGGAGUUUGUCGAUGAUCACUCCAUAAUGAUUGGGGAUUUCAUGGUUUUUCGAUACGAGGAUUUGAAUUUAUAUGUGCAAAUAUUUGAUCAAACUGCUUGCUUGAAGGAAGAAGCUUUUACUGCCAAGCCGAGGAAUGCCAGGACAAAGCGAGUAUCACCAAAGGAAAACUUAGCUGAAAAAGGUUAUCGAGUGAGAAAAACUUUUGUCACAGAUGAUAGUGAGUGCUCUCUGCCUAAUAUUCUUCAGAAAAGAGGAAGAAUGAUCAAGAAAUUGAACAUUGAACUCUCGAAAACUCCUCACAUUAUGGUCGAUACCAACGACAGUCCACCAGAGAAUGCACAAGUAAAUCCUCUGGAGGAUGUACAAGUAAAGGUUGAUUACAUUUCAUCAGAGAGUUUACAAGAUAAGGUUGCUGAUGUUCUGUCAGAGAAUGCACAUGUUGAUUACAGUUCGUCGGAUAAUUUACAAGAUAAGGUUGCUGACAUUCCAUCAGAGAAUGCACAAGUACAAGUUGAUUCCAUUUCAUCGGAGAAUUUACAAGAUAAGAUUGUUGAUGGUCCAUCAAAGAAUGUAAAAGUAAAGGUUGUCAGGAAAAGAGCACGGAAGAAGAAGGCGCAAGAGAAUGAUAGCUCGUAUAAUCCUAAUAUAACAAGCAAUACUGAAAAGAGCGAUGGUGAGUAUAAGCCACCAGCAAAAGUACCCAAAAAGAUUACUGGGAAGAAAAGAAAGGCCAAGAAACAGCCGGAGAAUGUUCGGUGUACUGAACCUGUUGCUCAGCAUGAAAAUGCUGCAACCGGAGAAAGUUAUACAGCGCCUUUAAAAUCUCAAAGGCGGCCUGUCACAAAGCAGGAAUUGACUAGAGUUCUUGAAAAGGCAGAGGCAUAUCAGCCUCUGAAUCCUUUUACUGUGGUCAUUAUGCGAGACUCUUAUGUCUAUCACCAUUUCCAGUUGAACCUUCCGUUUAGUUUUGCGAAGGAGUAUCUCCCAAAGGUCAACACAAAAAUGACUCUUUGGGGUCCAAAUGGGAGGUCAUGGACAGUGGCAUACCUUUUCUAUCGACGCCGAGCUGGAAUAAGGAGCGGGUGGAGCCGGUUCUCAUACGAUAACAAUCUGGAAACUGGUGAUGUUUGCGUCUUUGAGCUCAUCAAACCAGAUGAAAUGCGUGUGCGCAUCUUCAGGGUGCUGGAUGAAAUCACACCACUGGUUAGGUUCAACCCUCGGUCUCCCUGAUGAGAUGCCAUCUCUUCUUGUUCGCCUCCAUAUACUGAAAGAAAUUCUCUUUUACUUGUUCGUCUUUGAGCUCAUUAAGCCGGAUGCAUUUUGUUUGUCAGUGUUUUAAUUAGUAACAAUUAUGUGAUUCAUGGUUGUUGCAAUUCUUGUUGUUGUCAUCAGUAACUAAUUUCAGGUUGAAUUUCAUGUUUCUAU